CGACUGCUUCAGACCAUGAUAAAUGGGUGGUCCGAAAUAGCAGUGGUCACAGGAGCUACUGAUGGGAUUGGAAAAGCCUAUGCAAAAGAGUUAGCAAAGCGUGGAAUGAAGGUGGCUCUAAUCAGCAGGUCAAAAGAAAAACUGGACCAGGUUGCUAGUGAAAUAACGGAGCAGUACGAUGUGGAAACAAAAGUUAUUGUGGCAGACUUUGGAGAGAGAGAAGAUAUUUACGAUAGAAUCAAAGCGGGACUGGAAGGCCUGGAGAUCGGUGUUUUAGUAAACAACGUGGGAAUUUCAUAUUCAUAUCCUGAAUAUUUCAUUGAUGUUCCAGACCUGGAUAAGACAAUUGACCAAAUGAUCAACAUUAACAUCAUGUCUGUUUGUAAGAUGACACGAUUGGUGCUGCCCGGCAUGCUGGAAAGAUCAAAAGGAGUAAUCUUGAAUAUCUCUUCAGCUGCUGGGAUGUAUCCAACUCCACUGCUGACUCUUUACUCCGCAUCCAAGGCUUUUGUGGAUUACUUCUCUCGAGGCCUCCAUGCAGAAUACAAGAGCAAGGGCAUCAUUGUGCAGAGCGUUCUGCCGUAUUAUGUGGCAACAAAAAUGUCCAAGAUCUCCAAGCCAUCCUUCGAUAAGCCCACUCCAGAAACGUAUGUACGAGCCGCCAUAGGCACGGUAGGCCUGCAGUCCCAGACCAACGGGUGCCUGCCCCAUGCCUUCAUGGGCUGGGUCUUCUCAAUUCUACCUACGUCCACUGUCAUGAAUUUACUCAUGAAAACAAACAAACAAAUACGGGCUCGUUUUCUGAAAAAAAUGAUGAAGGAGAAGUAAGUUGCCAACAACUUGAUCAGUGGAAGCCUGAGACUCCUGCAGGUUUCGUACUCACACUUCAGCACCAAUAGACCUAAUGUUUUAAACAUCUUCAGUUGUAGGUGUACUUUCUAAUAAGCAAAGCGAUACUGUUUUGAGGACACAGAUGAAUCUUGACUUCUAAUACUGAUAUCAAAAUAGGCUUGUUUAUAUAUAUUAUAGGGAUAAUGGGGGGGGGGGGGGAGUGCUUUGGACUAAAUUUGCACUGUGCUUUAAGAAAUAUUUACGUAGAUGUGAUCAGACUGCACUGCUGGGGAACGGCUUGGUUAUGUAGUGUCCAUCACAUCUGUGUAUUAUGUUUCUGGGUGAAGGGCAGAAUGGCUGUAGUUCUCUGAUAUUCCUGGAAAGGUGGGGAGGUGUGGGAAGGGAGCAUAUUUGUUUGAAGGGUAACCUGGCUCAACGCAGAGUGUAACUUUUUCCUGGUUUGGGUUUAGGGUACUUGAAGGAUUCGGCAUUUUCAGCCAGCUAGCAAGUGCUCCUCUGCUUAUGCAGUCCAUUAAACAAAUCCGGGAUGGCAGGGGCAGGGUGGGAUCAGCUUAGGGGCUACUUGCUGGCUGUGUAGAAAUCAUCGCUCUGUAAAACAAAAAUACCAAUAACUGAGGUUAUGUAACUGGGAAAGGAUCGUCACUGGCUUGGGAAGGGUGACCAUGAAGUGAUCCUUAACCUGAUGGUUUUAGAAACCUGAUCAUGGGUUGGAACUGUAUUGAAAUAGGUUCUUGCACCAAAACCUGAGCUGACAUUUAUGUGAACUUCAAGGGUCUAGUGUGAUUUUUCUUUUUGGUUAUGAACUUGAGGAAAAUGGGCCAAAAAAUAAAAAAUAAAACAAAAAUGAGUGUAAUUGCUCAUCUAUAAAUAUAUACAUAUAGUAACAUUGCAAAAAGUAUUGAAAUUCUUGGUUCUUCAAUAUGGAUUCUAACUUUUCAGUCAUGUAAUCUUUACAAUUUGUAAUAACAUUUUUAAAAGUUCAGUGCCUGUUCUUUGUAGUAGAUGGUGAUAACACAAUGUGGAUAUAUGUCACAAGUUGUGUUACUUGCUGGUUGUUAUGUGAAAGAUUAUUGGCACUUUGAAUGCAGAGCUUGAAAUGAGUUACUGUCCUUGUUAGCAAUGAUAGAUAGAUCGUUUCUGAGAUGUGUGUCACUGUGUCUUUUGGUGAGGCCAUUUGAAAUGUGAAUCCUGAAUAUUUGUGACAGCUUUAAAAAUGAGAGCUAGUAAACUUUAAAUGUAGAACUUCCUAGUAUUUUUGUGUUUAACUGAUUUGUUCCGUAGUUCUAUUCCAAAACCCAGUAAAGCUGAAGUUACCCAACUCGGAGACAGGGAUCAGAGUGUAUGAGAAGUCUGUACUGCUGUUGUCUGUGUUGACCUUUAAAGAUAUGGUCUCUAACAUUCCUUUAUAUAAAUGUGAAGAAAAAGAAAAAAAAAAAAACCUUUCAAGCCAAAUUAAAUUGUAAGUAACUAGCAACGUUUUCUGUGGUGACUGCCUUUGGUUAACAAAUGGAGAUUGUUUUGUCCUUGGAAGAAUAAUUUCAAGCUCUGGUUUUGAAGUUAAAUAUAUUGCACUGAAACAUGAUUUGGGGCUAACAUUUCUGUACAUUGAAAAAACCCGAAUACCGAUGCAAUGGUGCUGAUCAAAUCUGAGCUGAAGCUCCUAUCCCAUUGUUUUCUUGACGUUUUUCUUGUUUCCUGGAACAGCAAUGGUGAGGUCACUUUUGUAAGACUGCUCCGGAGGUGAUGUGGAAGCAUUGGACUAACUAAUCUGUGUGGAUUUUCACUUGGUAAAACCAAUAAAAUGGCAUUCACUCUCAA